CUGCUCCUCCUCUUCCCCGCUGCCGACCGGGCGGGGCUCGCCCGCGUAACCACCUCCUUCGCCCCGCCGUCGGUGUCGGGCGGGACUUGCGCCUGUGUCUUCCAACAGCAGAGAGCAGCGGUGGGAGCGGACCACAAUGAACGUGGAACAUGAAAUAAGCCUCUUAGUUGAGGAGAUUCGGCGGCUGGGGACCAAAAAUGCCGAUGGACAAGUGAGUGUGAAAUUUGGUGUGCUCUUCGCUGAUGAAAAGUGUGCCAACCUCUUUGAAGCCCUGGUGGGAACUCUUAAGGCUGCAAAACGACGAAAGAUUGUCACUUAUCAAGGAGAGCUGCUUUUACAAGGUGUUCAUGACAAUGUUGAUAUCGUGCUACUGCAAGACUGAUGCAACGUGCAUUUCAGCGGUGCUGAUUACACUGUUGGAGACUGUGACUUCCAACAUCCUCAGAAUCAGACUGAUCAUUCUUAUGUGUUUUGAUGCAUUUUCUAUAUCUUUAUAAUUGAAAGGAAAUUUUCCUAUUUUGGAAAAACAUUCCCUUUUCUAUUUCUUCCUAAAACAGUACUGUACAUGAUCAAGGUAAAAGAUGCCAGUUCUUUUUAUUUAAGUCUCAGGUAAUACUCUUAAAUGGUGGUUAUUUUCAACAUAUGAAGAAUGGAACUGGUACUUUAAUGUUUACAAAUCAAAAUGUGCCAUGCAAGUGAAAAAUAAAGGAACAGGAACGCGCUUCAUUUUAUAUAA